AUGUGCUCCAGGAGUCCAUGUGGGUGUCGGGGGAUGUGGGUAGCAGAGUGUGGUCCAGGCUGCCGUGAGAGAAAGUCGUCGGUGACGCCUAGAAAAAUGAGACAUUCACUGUUUGCAUCGCUGGUUUACCUACUGGUGGGCGUGGUUUGGGAGGUGCCAGUGAAGGGUCGUUCUGAUGGACAGGUGGGAACGAUGGUGAGCCAGGUGGUGAGGGAACACUUGCUUGGGUGUCAUCUAGUGCUGGCCACCACAACAAAACACUCCCCAGUUUAUUCACAAAUAAUCAGACAUCUGGCGACGGAGAUGGAGACAGGGGUGGUGGUAGAGACAACAGUGAUGUUUUCCCAGGACCAGCCAACUCAAGAGGAGCGCCACCUCCUGCAGGGGCUAUGGGGUGAUGCCACUCUCUCGUGUCACGUUCUCAUCCUAGACAACACCGCCAUGGAGAGUCACUCCAUCGUCAGGUUCCUGGAGCGAUGUGGACUAUGGCUGAGACCGAAAACCCGUGUGGUAGUUGUGGGUGGGAAGUCUGGCGUGGAGACCCUCCUCCUUCACCACGCCCUCCGCAACACUAACCACGCCCUCUACAUCGCUCUCCUCAACCAUAGUCUCUAUGUUGUCGCACCUAACACCAAUAUUACGAAGAAAAGACCUGAUGAAGGUAGACACGUUACUUCUAGUUCUAAUGCCAUCAGCUUUGGAGAUCCUCCUAUCACUAAAGCUAAACCCAUUCAGGAUUUGUCUCACAAUCGCGAUUUCAAAUAUAUCUUUGAUCACCUUAUUGAUGAAUCUGAUUUGGAUAGUUUUCCUAAUUGUUUGUACCUCCAGUCAGGUUCACUCAUGCAUAAAUUUUGA